UCAAUUCAUCCGCAAAGCCAGCAAUGUCCCAAACAUCUUCACCCGAGGUUGAGACAGAGAAAUAGGGUUUUCUCAUCAACCCUAAGGGUAGCCCCCUAAAAACAAGCAAGAGAGAGCAGGCCCGAUGCAAAAUCCGAUUUCUCAGCGGUUUGCGGGGCUCUUGGCGCCAAAACAAACCAUCGGGUCCGUCCCCUGCCGGAACUAUAAGACACGUAAUCGAUAAUACUCCGCCUCGCUAAAUAGUCCUGUCUAAAAUGUCUCGGAUACACACUAUUUUACCUCAAAGCGCUUCCGGGAAUAGAAAAUGAGGCUCUGGGGUACAUCACCCUUCUGUUUGAAUGCAAAUGUGGCUUUUCUAAUCAUUUUUUCUUCAUAGAUUCCUCCGCCAGAAAUUAUAUUCGCCGUAUUCACUUCCGGGUCCGCCAUUUUGCUGCCUCCAUUUCUCCGCGAGGGGGGGUUAAAGGCCCCCAAAAUAUGCAUAUGUGAAAAGGUCAAAAAGUAACCGUCAGUGACAGGGAGUCUUAACUAGAGAAGGAAACAGGACCAAACUGGCGGGCUCGGUGAAAACACAGCCGGCAACGUCCCGGACGAGGAGGCAGCUUUCCUUGUGUUUGAGUGACAGCUUCCCAAAAAUUUGUGUUCCUAUGCAUAAAGAUGUCUUUGGUGGACUUGGGGAAGAGGUUGCUAGAAGCAGCAAGAAAAGGCCAAGAUGAUGAAGUGAGAACAUUGAUGGCAAAUGGUGCCCCAUUCACCACAGACUGGCUUGGAACAUCACCCCUCCACCUUGCAGCCCAGUAUGGUCAUUAUUCCACAGCAGAAGUGCUCCUUCGAGCAGGCGUUAGCAGGGAUGCCCGGACCAAAGUGGACAGGACCCCCUUGCACAUGGCUGCAGCUGAUGGACAUGCACACAUCGUGGAACUACUUGUUAGGAAUGGUGCAGAUGUGAAUGCCAAGGACAUGCUGAAGAUGACAGCUUUGCACUGGGCCACAGAGCACCACCAUCGAGAUGUUGUAGAGCUACUUAUCAAAUAUGGAGCUGAUGUCCAUGCUUUCAGCAAGUUUGAUAAAUCUGCCUUUGACAUAGCCCUGGAGAAAAACAAUGCUGAGAUUCUGGUCAUCCUUCAGGAAGCAAUGCAGAAUCAGGUGAAUGCUAAUCCUGAGAGAGCCAACCCUGUGACUAUGGGUACCCCAUUCAUCUUCACGUCAGGAGAAGUUGUCAACCUCGCAAGCCUUGUUUCUUCAGCCAGCACCAAAACAACCUCAGGUGACCCCCAUGCCUCCUCAACAGUACACUUCUCAAAUUCUACCACCUCAGUGCUGGCCACCCUUGCAGCUCUUGCUGAGGCAUCAGCCCCCCUCUGCAACUCACACAGAGCCACAGCUAAUUCAGAGGAAAUCAUAGAAGGAAAUUCUGUUGACUCAUCAAUCCAGCAAGUGGUGGGGAGUGGAGGCCAGAGGGUCAUCACCAUAGUGACUGAUGGAGUCCCUCUGGGUAAUAUCCAAACUGCAAUCCCUACUGGAGGCAUUGGCCAGCCAUUUAUUGUAACUAUGCAAGAUGGACAGCAAGUUUUAACUGUACCUGCUGGUCAGGUUGCAGAGGAGACUGUCAUUGAAGAAGAGGCAGAAGAAGCAGAGAAAUUGCCACUGACUAAGAAACCAAGGAUAGAAGAGAUGACAGACAGUGUGGAGGAAAGCAAGGAAGGCACUGAAAGAGAGCUACUUCAGCAGCAACUCCAGGAGGCUAAUCGAAGAGCCCAGGAAUACCGACACCAGCUCCUAAAGAAAGAGCAGGAGGCAGAACAGUACCGCCUCAAGCUAGAGGCCAUGGCCCGACAACAGCCCAAUGGAGUUGAUUUCACCAUGGUUGAAGAGGUGGCUGAGGUAGAUGCUGUAGUAGUUACAGAGGGGGAGAUGGAGGAGAGAGAGACAGAAGUGACUGGGGCAGUAGGGACCACAGAGCCUCAUACUGGAGUUUCCAUGGAAACUGUUUCAACUUAAUGUGCAAGGGCCACAGCUUGUGCUGUGUCUAUCUUUUUCCUCUUUUUAAAAGAAAAUACAAAGGACAAACAUUGUAUAAAAAUUAAGAAUGUCCUAAAGAAGAAAACUAUAGCAGGGUACAGAGUUUGGGCUCAGGAAGGCUCUCUAUGCAACUGGAAAAUUCAAAGCCAAAUUUAGGGAACAAGUCUUCUGAGGGACCAAAAGAAUAAGGACCAAAUUUCUCAGCUCACUUCAUUGCUUGAAGCAUAGAGGUAAAAGAAUGCUGGAUGUUGCAGAUUGAUUGUUUUUUAAAUAACUGACUUUCUAUGAAAAGAUUUUAAAAUAAUAUUCCUAAUAUGGACACACCCAGAGCCUUUAAUAUUAUAGUUGUACCAUCAAGUGACCUGAAACUGCCUUAGAUUUAUGAUGUGUACCUGUUAGAGGAGAAACCUAAUUGGAAGGAGGGAUUAGAUGCAAGUUUUGGGGAAGAGAAAGAAAUAUAUUCCACUUCCAAAGGAGUAGGCAGGCACUUCUUACUAUCCUGAGUUAAUUUCACUGAAAAGAAAUGUGUGAUUGCCUGACUAAAUUUGCAUCCAUUGUGUGUCCAUAGCUCAGAUGCCAGUUUAAGAAACUGAAAUAGAAUUUUUAAAAACUGGAAAGGAGACAAGUGUAUAUAAAUCCAAAAUCCUCCAGGCUGUGCCUCUACAAUGCUGGAAAGUGGCCAGAAAGAGGCUCGUGGGGUUAGGAAACAAUCUGGUCCUGAGAUACCAACUUUGCUCUGGCUGGAUUUUAUGAAAUCGCAAUCAGGAGGGUAGUCUGUUGUCAGAACAACUUGCUUCCAACCAUUUAUUUAUGUAAUACCAAGCUUUAAUAUCAACUUUUUAAUUUUAUAAAACUUUGUUGAGUUUUCUAAGUGUGCCUUUCUGUGGAACUUACAUGGUAUCCUCUCAUAUGCAAGAAAAGACAGGGGGAGAGAUGAAUGCUGAGGAUGUUGUAGAGCUUUCUCCAUCUGAUUUGGGUUGAGUAAAUUGCUCUAUUUCCUUAAGGUUGGGCCUUGUGCAGAGCUUUUGUGCCUUAUAGUUGCUCAGUGUGUGCUGGCAAAGGGAGUGAGAACUACCAGUGCCGUAAUGUAAGGAACCAAAGAUUCUGACCAGAUGCUUCGUCACCUGACUCUCUUCUCUCCCACUAUGCCUGCUCCCUUUGCCUAUAUACUUUUGAAAGUGUUUCAUUGCUGGGAUUUCUUGGAGUUUUUUUAAAAAAGGGAAUACGGAUGGAGAGAGAGGGGUUAUGGAGAGGUCAUCAUCCUGGACUUGCUUGCUUGCUUUGUUGUAAAUUAAAAGCAACCAGAGGGAGCUGUGCCAAGUAAACAUUUGAAUGACUGUUUAGAAUAUGGUUUUCUUAAUUAGCAAUCAUGGGGAAAACAUACAUUUUUAAUUUGGAAUAAAAUGUGACAGUUAACAUGGUUCUGUUUACCUUGAUUAGUGAAGUAAUUUGCUGCAGUUUUCCAGAGGUGCAGAAUCAUUUGGGGCUUAAAAUAGACUGAAAACGUAACUCCCCAAACCAAAUUUAACAAACAGAAUUGGCUAUUAGAGGUUUAUAGACAAAAAUAUCAGUUUUGAAAUUAAUCUUGGCUACGGGCCAGCAUAGCUAGGUUUUCUCCAUGGACCAAGUACUAAGCACUUCCCAGAUGAUCAGAGAUUAGUCUGCACUGUUGGGGAUGAUGGAGAAAUGCAGUGGAGCAGCCUAGGUAAGGGAGAGGGUAAAAUUGUGGUAUCUGCUGUCAAGUCGUCCUAUUUCUGUUUGCAAUAUUUUUCCUUUUUCUGAGUCCCUUUGUGAAUCAGGUGCUAACAAUAAGCUGCUAUUGUGUGCCAUUUCAAAGCUUUAGCUUAACUAUAGAGGGACCAAGUGUUAUUUUAGAUGUGUUUUGUGUGUGUUCUUGGUGCAUACAUUGACUUUAAUUCCUUCUUUUAUUCUUUCCUGUUCAGGGAGUGGAGGUUAACUGUGUAGAAAAUAUGCAGGCCCAACCACCUCACUCUCUGAGGUAGCUUCUUAUUGAGGGUGGGGAGUUUCCAUCCAACACUCUCUUCUGAGCAUACAGAGUACCUACUGUUUGGGGGAACUGUUUAGAGUUUCUUAUUAUUCUGUUUUUGUAAGAGCCUAUCAUUCCCACCCAGUAAAAUAUCUAAUACAGCCCAAGUCAUUUUUGAUGCUGGGCUCUCUGAGAUAGGGAGUUAAAGGGGGGGUUGGGAUAGGGGGAGAGAGGAGGGAAAUGUCUAGAAAGGGGUGGGUAGCAAAAGGGCAUUUGUUUUUAUUUACUUGGAAUAGACCUUUUAGCAUCCCAGAGAAGGGCUUGAUCUCUAAUUGUAUUGCCAUAGAGAGAAUGGUAGGUCAGGAUCCCUUGAAGUAGUUAGAUUAAAUAUUAAAGACAUGAAUGGCCGUACCAUUGUAUGAUUUUGCAUAUUUUUCUGGAUCAGCCGUGGAAGUUGGAAAAAUGUUCCCAAAUCUUCUGGGUUUGGGGAUUCCAACUGGCUUAUUGGUAAGGUUGGAUUACAGAGAAUCAAACAGACAAGUGGUUCAGAGAUGGUACUUGAGCAGGAGAAACCUGAAGCCUAGGAUGAUUGCCUACUUUAAAAUAAAGCUGCUUUAAUAAUAUCAGUAUUAAUAUAGGAAUAUUAGACCCUACAUUUACAUUUUGGUUUUAAGCUUUCCCCUAAAAAGGAGAAAGAAAUAAAUCUUAAUAUUUCUGUUCUUGUUCCUGGUUUCAGGGAAAUUACUUACAAAUGUAUAAAUGUACAUUCCCUUCCUAUCACUACCUCUGUGGGAUCCCUUAAUUGUAAUGCCAGAGUUGAGGUCUCUUAAUUGAAAUAUGGGAGAACUUGGCUUUAGGUUUUCUGUAUAUUGAACUCAGCACCUUAAAAGAUGUUCUUUUUCUCUGUCAGAUCUGUGUUUCAUAAUUUUUGCCUUUGCCUCUCCCCCUUUUUCAGCCUUAGCACUGCAUUAUUAAAUGUUUGUGUCUGCUCAGUAAUAUUAGAAAUCUGUGGCAUGCAAAAUGACUUUUUUUAUAUUGCUGUAAAAGAAAUGAAUUUAACAGAGGGCUUUCCAGUUGAAGUUAGGUAUUUUGUGACCAGGGCAUUUUUAACACCCCUUUGCUGCACGUAUAUAUUGUGUACAUUUAUAAACACAUAUGAAUUUUCCCACUUUUCUCUUUGUUUAUUUGAGGUUCAAAUCUAAAGUACCUGGUAAAAGCUGAAAAUAUUUUUAUUUCAUUAAAAACAUUAGAGAGCGUUUCUUUCAAUUGAGUAAAGACACUGAGGAAGAAAAAGCAAGCAUUUCUUUGGCCCUUUUUCCGAGGCAUGCUCAACUGGCAGUAAUAAGAAACCUGAGGAGUGAGGCCCUAGGGAGAGCUAGUACCAAGCUUUGCAGAGAUUUCUUUAGCAUACAGUGUGAUGACAUUGGUAAACUGAAAGAUUCAGAGCAGGGUCAGGGGUAGAGAUGGAGCUGCCUUUCCACAGAGCAAACCUCCUUUCAGCUCCUAUGGUAGCUGUUUUGACUGGCAUUUGUAUAAUUUCUUACACCUCUGAAAAGGAAAGAAACCCUAGAUAAAGUUCCAUGGCAGAAGGAGCAGACAUUCUAUACAUCUGCUUCCCAGUUUAGGCAUCUCGGCCUUUUAAGGAAUGAUCAUUUUGAGAAAGACUUCUGUGGCUCUUUUCCUAACAAACAACAUUAUAGACCCUCAGAGCUAGAAGACAUGAGGCAUGUAGUGAACUAUUCCCAGAAGUUUAAUAUUGAGUGGGAAUCGGUUUUUGUCCAGAUUUGUUGGAGAAUGGCCUCCUGUUCUCUACUUGUUAUAUAGACAUCUCUGUAUGGCCAGAAAAGGAGCUUUAGAAUGGAAUACAUUUUAAGACCGCCUAUGUGCUGCUCUAGGCUCUUAUCUAUUUCCACUUUAUGUGAUAUUUUCCCCUUCUGAGUUAGUACUCUAUUUCCCAUGCCAGUAUAUUUAACAAGAGACCAGGAGCAAGAAGGAUGUAAAUUCAAAUUAAGUAGCUUUGAACCUCUGGUGCUGCCUUUUUUUUUUUUUUUUAAGGCUCUCUUAAGAUUAGGAGGUGGGGUGAUAUCCCUAGACUCCAGACUACUACAUAGCAAUUUGGCUUGUUAAUGGCAGGAAAUUGUGAUUCCCUGUCUCUCUCCUCCCCUUUCCCCUCUAACUACUUCUGCCUCUGUGACCCCAUUGUUCUUAUCUCACUGAGUCUUUCCCAGGCACUAGAAUUUAAUUAAUAGGUCAUUUCUAAUCUAUGCGCCUUGUCUUUCCUCCUUCUGUCCCCUCCUUCCCUACCACAUAUUUUCUGUUUAUUCUUAAGUGAUUUGUUUCUGAGAAUUAAUCUAGGUCAUACCCUAUAUCUUGUGCUUCCUAGUUGGUCUCAGGCAUCUUGCUCUAUCAACAGUAAUGAUAGCAGCAGCUCCCUUCUCUGGCUUUGCCCUGUGUACUGUCCUUCUGCCAAGGCCAUUUGUGUUGGGGGGGAGCAGAGACAGGGUAGGUGGGGUGCCUAGCUUCUUCUCAAAACAUCUUCAGUUUUUUGGGUUGUCUGACAGCUUUAUGUACAGUAUGUUUUAAGAAAACUUAAGUAUAAUUCUCUUUUUUAUUUAGGAUUUUAAUUAAAUAGGGUUUGAUUCCGAUGAGCAAGUUUGUGUGUGUGUGUGUGUGAGCAUUUGUGUGUAUGUACACCUAUACAGAUCUAUAUUAUAUAUACAAUUUUUGUACUAUCAUUUAAAAUAAAAAAAUGUUUCUUACUAAAAUGCCAAAGUCUUACCA